AUGAUGACAUUGCCAGAUGCAGUCAGGCUGAAGCCAAAAGCUGAUGGAGGCUACGGGGACACAGUGAUCCGGCACGGGGAGACCCUGCGCCGCACCAAGGAGGAAAUCAACGAGCUCAACCGCAUGAUCCAGAGGCUGACCGCUGAGGUUGAGAAUGCCAAGUGCCAAAACUCCAAGCUGGAGGCUGCAGUGACCCAGGCUGAGCAGCAGGGCGAGGUGGCUCUGAGCGAUGCCCGCUGCAAGCUGGCGGAGCUGGAGGCCGCCCUGCAGAAGGCCAAGCAGGACAUGGCUUGCCUGGUCAAGGAGUACCAGGAGGUGAUGAACUCCAAGCUGGGCCUGGACAUCGAGAUUGCCACCUACAAGCGGCUGCUGGAGGGCGAGGAGCACAGGUGGGUGCAGCCAGGGUGUGAGGAGGUAGAGGUGACCGUGCAGAAACCCACGCAGAGCCUGAGGCACAGCAAGGAGGAGCUGAACAGGCUUAACCAGGCCAUCCAGCAGCUGACUGCGGAGGUGGACAGCGCUAAGAGUCAGACCCCACCGCCCCAAGUUCCAUCCUUUGACACAGAAGCGGAGGGCUCUUUGCCAUUGAUCAUCAUCUUGGCCGGCCCUGUUGUUAUCCUUGUGGAAGACAAAAGGCACCUGACCCAUGUCUCUAAGUUAGAGAAGUGCAAGUGUCUCAGGCUCGGAGGGCUUCGCCCUUCUUUAGGAACUGAUGGCUAUGAGGAGGAGCAAGCUGUUCAGUUCCCUAAGCAGCAAGCGUUUAUCAUCAUCAUCACCAUCAUCAUCAUCGCUCCCUGUGAACUAGACAGAGCCACGGAGCCACCAGCUCAGCAGGAGGAGGGUGCCUCAGACAGCGCCCAGGGCAAGCUGGCCUGGUUGGAGGCCACCCUGCAGCGAGCCAAGCACGACAUGGCGCGCCAGCUGCGUGAGUACCAGGAUCUCAUGAUCGUCAAGCUGGGCCUGGACUUUGAGAUCGCCACCUACUGCAAGCUGCUGGAGGGCGAGGAGAGCAGGCUUGGUCUGGGAUUUGGGGCAGGGAACUUCUCCCUGGGCAGCGCUCCCCACGGCGGGCUCGGCUCAGCCUCUGGCCCCGCCCGCCUGCCGCCUCCCGGAGCGGGCUCCAGCGCCCUGGAGACGAGCGCCCCUGGCGGCGGCUGCGCGCUCUGCGGCUCCUCCGGCUGCUUGGGCGGCUUCGGCUGCGGUGGCGCCCGCGGAUGUUGA